AUGUCUGGGCAUGGGUCGUCGGGCAGGCACCCCUUCUACCGCGGCAUCCGGAGCCGGUACGGGAAGUGGGUCUCGGAGAUCCGGGAGCCGCGGAAGGCGCGCCGCAUCUGGCUCGGCACGUUCCCGACGGCCGAGAUGGCUGCCGUGGCGUACGACGUGGCCGCCCACGCGCUCCGCGGGGUCGACGCGGAGCUCAACUUCCCCGGCUUAGCCGCCACGCGCCCGGCGCCGGCGUCCACCUCCGCGGACGGCAUCCGCGCGGCGGCGGCCGCCGCAGCAGCCUCCAUCGGGCACGGUCGCGCCGGCGGCGGCAUUGCCCCCGGGGAUGCUGGAUCCGCUCUGCAGCAGCAGUUGGGUGGAACUGGAAGAAGUGCCGAUGCUGCCUCGGCGAGCGGCACGGCCCAGCAGGAUCAAGCUGGCAUUGGGUUCAAUCAGUACUUCCUGGACGAGGAGGCGCUCUUCGAGACGCCGCAGUUCCUGCGCAACAUGGCCGCCGGGAUGAUGAUGAGCCCCCCGAGGCUCAGCGCCGACUCCUCCGACGAAUCGCCGGACGCUUCAGAGGCUGGGGAGAGCCUCUGGAGCUACCGUGACCCGUAG